AUGGACACGAGGGCGGCGCGGCCCUUCAGCUUCUCCUUCAACACCAGCGACUAUCGCAUCCUCCACAUGGAUCAGGACCAGGGCCGGCUGUACCUGGGCAGCCGGGAGUACCUGGUGGCUCUGGACAUGCAUAACGUCAACAAGGAGCCACUCAUAAUCCACUGGCCGGCCUCCGCUAAGAGGAAGGGGGAAUGUCAGAUGACUGGAAAGGGUAAACAGGGUGAAUGCGCCAACUUUGUGCGUCUGAUUGAGCCCUGGAACCGCACCCACCUCUACACCUGUGGAACCGGGGCCUACCAACCCAUCUGCACAUUCAUCAACCGAGGCUGGAGGGCAGAGGACUACCUGUUUAGGCUGGUCCCUGGGUAUGUGGAUUCAGGGAAAGGAAAAAGUUCCUAUGAUCCCACGCAGGAGAGUGUUGCCGUUCUGAUCAAUGGUAACCUGUAUGCAGGCGUGCACAUUGACUUCAUGAGUACAGAUGCCGCUCUGUUCAGGACCAUGGGGGGCAGGACGGCAAUAAGGACGGAGCAGUACGACUCCAGGUGGCUCAACGAGCCGGUGUUUAUUCAGAUCCAACAGAUCCCUGACAGCGCAGAAAAGAAUGAUGACAAGCUUUACUUCUUUUUCCGUGAGAAAAGUCUAGACUCCAGCGGUGGGGCGAGCCCCACCGUCAUAGCCAGGGUGGGACGAGUGUGUCUGAAUGACGAGGGAGGGCAGAAGUCCCUUGUGAACCGGUGGACCACCUUCCUGAAGGCCCGUCUCAUCUGUUCCGUGAUCGGAGACGACGGGGUGGAGACCCGAUUCGAUGAACUACGGGAUGUGUUUAUCCAGCCAACCCAAGAUGAAAGGAGCCCCAUGGUGUAUGCGCUGUUCACCACAGCGGGCUCUGUGUUCAAGGGCUCAGCCGUCUGCGUCUACUCAAUGGCCGACAUCCGUAAUGUCUUUAAUGGACCAUUUGCCCACAAACAUGGCCAUAACUACCAAUGGACGGAGUACACCGGCAAGAUCCCCUACCCACGACCCGGAACGUGUCCAGGAGGAACCUUCACUCCCGGCAUCCGCUCCUCCAAGAACUUCUCUGACGAAGCUGUGAACUUCAUCAGAGCUCAUCCCCUCAUGUUUCACCCCGUUUAUCCUAUCCACCGUCGCCCCCUGGUGGUGAGAACAGGCGUGGACUACCGCUACACUUCCCUGGUGGUGGAUCAAGUGGACGCCGUGGACGGACGCUAUGAGGUGCUCUUUCUAGGAACAGACCGAGGCACUGUUCAGAAAGUCAUUGUUCUGCCAAAGGACCCAACAAGCAUGGAGGAGCUGACUUUAGAGGAAGUGGAAGUCUUCCGGACACGAGCUCCGGUCAAAACCAUGAAGAUAUCUUCCAAAAGGCAACAGCUGUACGUGUCGUCGGACGCGGGGCUGACGCAGGUGUCGCUGCACCGCUGCGGGGUCUACGGCCGGGCCUGCUCCGACUGCUGCCUGGCGCGAGACCCCUACUGCGCCUGGGACGGAGAGAGCUGCUCCGCGUUCACCCCGUCCACCAAAAGGAGGAGCAGGAGACAGGACGUCAAGCACGGCGACCCCCUGAGGCAGUGCAGAGGGUUCAACGCCAAAGUGGAGAAGCGCCUGAGGGAGACGGUGCAGUUUGGGGUGGAGGGCAGCAGCACCUUCCUGGAGUGUCAGCCUCGCUCCCCCCAGGCCUCCCUGAAGUGGCUCUUCCAGAGGGAGGGAAGGAGGAAAGUGCUGAACCGUGCGGGAGGGGUCCUCAAGACCAACCACGGCAUCCUCCUGAAGUCACUCAACCAAUCGGACGCGGGCCUCUACCACUGCCUCGCCACCGAGAACAACUUCAAGCACACCGUGGCCCGCGUGGCUCUGCGAAUCCUCGAUCGGGACAUUGUUUUAGCGCUCACCGCCCGAGACGACGAGGAAGAGCCUAAGACCCGGCAGGCGGGGCCGCACCCCCAGUCGCCCCUCGGCUCCACACCCUUCCCGCCCGAGAUCAGACUAAUCAACCAGUACUGCCACUCGUACUGGGAGCAGAUUAACCCCGCGCAGCAGCAGCAGCAGCAGCGCAAACGCACCAGCCGCCGGCACACAGAGAGCCAGGACCAAGGCCUCAGCUAG